AAAUGCUCCACAGAAUAAGAAGGAGGCGGGAAAGGGGGCUUUGAGGCGGAAAAGGGGGCGCAGGCCCAACUUGAGGCCGAGGCCGGGGCCUCCUUCGCUCCUCCCCGAAGGUGGAGCCGUCCGUGGCCGCGCCUCCGUCCCUCAAAAGCCUGCUCUCGGCGGGCUUCGCCUCCUUCGCCUUCUCCUUCUCCUCCUGGCUGUCUCCGCUGCCAUGGCCCUCUCGAGCGACCCGGCCUUCCACAAGCUCUCCGAGUGGCACAAGGGCCACGCCGCCCAGCUGCUCCUCAGGCAGCUCUUCGACAACGACAAGGAGCGCUUCCGCAAGUUCAGCUUGACAUUGAACACCGAUCAUGGGGACAUCUUGGUCGACUAUUCCAAGAACCUUAUCACAGAAGAAGUGAUGAAACUGCUGAUAGAAGUGGCAAAAUCCAGGGGUGUUGAAAAAGCUAGAGAACAAAUGUUCACCGGAGAAAAGAUCAACUUCACCGAGAACCGUGCUGUACUCCAUAUUGCUCUGAGGAAUCGCUCAAAUACCCCAAUAUUAGUUGACGGCAAAGAUGUAGUUCCAGAAGUGAACACAGUGCUGGAGAAGAUGAAGAAUUUCUGCCAGAAAGUUCGCAGUGGGGACUGGAAAGGGUAUACUGGCAAAGCCAUCAAGGACGUGGUCAAUAUUGGGAUUGGUGGAUCGGAUUUGGGUCCCCUCAUGGUGACUGAGGCUCUUAAACCAUAUUCCAAGGGAGGGCCCCGCGUCUGGUUUGUGUCAAACAUUGAUGGCACUCACAUUGCCAAAACUCUGGCUGAGCUCAAUCCGGAGACAACGCUCUUCAUCAUUGCAUCCAAGACUUUUACCACUCAAGAAACUAUCACCAAUGCAGAGACGGCCAAAGAGUGGUUCCUUCAUGCUGCUAAAGAUCCUUCUGCUGUGGCCAAGCAUUUUGUAGCCCUUUCUACCAAUGGGCCUAAAGUUAAAGAUUUUGGAAUUGACACUCAGAACAUGUUCGAGUUUUGGGAUUGGGUUGGUGGACGUUAUUCUUUGUGGUCAGCCAUUGGCCUCUCCAUUGCUCUGCACAUUGGUUUUGACAACUUUGAGAAAUUACUUGCUGGAGCCCACUGGAUGGACAACCACUUCCGCACUGCUCCCCUUGAGAAGAACGCCCCUGUGAUUCUGGCCAUGCUAGGUGUCUGGUACAUCAACUGCUAUCGUACAGAGACCCAUGCACUCCUGCCAUAUGACCAGUACAUGCACCGCUUUGCAGCUUAUUUCCAGCAGGGAGACAUGGAAUCCAAUGGGAAAUACAUCACCAAGAAGGGCACCCGGGUGAACUACAAUACUGGCCCGAUCGUGUGGGGUGAACCUGGCACCAACGGCCAGCAUGCCUUCUAUCAGCUGAUUCAUCAAGGGACUCGCAUGAUUCCUUGCGAUUUCCUCAUCCCGGUCCAGACGCAGCACCCAAUCCGAAAUGGCCUGCAUCAUAAGAUCCUUCUGGCCAACUUCCUGGCUCAGACCGAGGCCUUGAUGAAAGGAAAGACAGCGGAUGAGGCUCGCAAAGAGCUUCAGGCUUCUGGGCUGAGUGGAGAUGCACUGGAGAAGCUCCUUCCCCACAAGGUCUUUGAAGGCAACCGCCCAACCAAUUCCAUUAUGUUUACUAAACUUAACCCAUUCAUUCUUGGAGCCUUAAUUGCCAUGUAUGAACACAAGAUCUUUGUCCAAGGAGUUGUGUGGGAUAUCAACAGCUAUGACCAGUGGGGCGUUGAGCUUGGGAAGCAGCUGGCCAAGAAGAUCGAGCCUGAGCUGGCCUCCGAUGCCCCCGUGACGUCCCACGACUCCUCCACCAACGGACUCAUCGGCUUCAUCCAGAAACACCGGGCCUGAAGCCGCCAGUGCUGGAGGAGAGGCGUACGGCGACAAUCCGGACACCAAACACCGAGAUCGAUGUUGUAGUUGCUGCUUUCGUUAGCCAAGUCUACUGAGAUAGCACUUUUCACCAAUUCUGGCCUCUUCGUUGUUGUUGACGGUUAGCUUUGUUGCAUUUUGAGCAGAGUCACAGAGGAGGGAACCUUUUAUUCUUUUCUUAACUCGUGAGACUCGAAACCUUGUUGUUUAGUGGCUGUUUGUGGCAGCUGAAUUGUAUCACACUUUGGGUACUGUGUUCCUCACUUCUUUACAGCCUGCUCCCCAUUCCACUGUGUGACGUCAGACAAAAGAUAUGCAUAGUCUGCAGUUAAAAAACCCCUUUUCCACACUGUGUCUUAGUGAGCCAGUUGCAGCGUUGAGAAACCCAGCCUUACCUGUACAAGAUUAUACCAGGAUUAACUAAAAA